AGUGGCAUUCGUGAACACCGAGAUUUUGUGGUGGCGGCUGCAGAUUUAUUACGUGAAGUGAAUGCAUCUAAGCUGGCAUUGAAUUAGUAUAUUUCUUUAAUCUUAGUUAUAUUUAGAAAGAAAUCAAAAUGAAACUCAUUUAUUUAACACUUCUAGUAUUACCUGCCUUGCUUUUGUGCUUCCAAAAUGCAAACUCAAUAUUUGCAAGAGCAGAAGAAGAUGAAUUAGAUGAUGUAGUAGACAUUGAAGGUGAAGAUAGCCAAGUAGUUGGAGAUGAUGUUAUUGAAGAUGACGACUCUGUAGUAAAAUCAUCACAAGAUAUUGAUACUACCAUAUUGUUUACUAAACCCAUCACUACCUAUGGUGAUGUUGCUUUUGAUCUCCAAGCUGGCAAUCCUGUUGAGUUCCUUGUUGGUUUUACUAAUAAGGGAUCUGACGAUUACCUGGUUGAGACAAUGGAAGCCUCAUUCAGAUAUCCAAUGGACUACACUUACUAUAUUCAAAACUUCACUGCAUUACCAUACAAUCGUGAAGUAAAACCUAAACAAGAGGCUACCUUUGCUUAUUCAUUUAUUCCCAAUGAAGCAUUUGCUGGACGACCCUUUGGUCUCAACAUUCAGAUUAACUACAAAGAUGCUAGUGGAAACUCAUACCAGGAAGCUGUCUACAACCAAACAGUAAACAUUGUUGAAAUCUCAGAGGGGCUUGAUGGAGAAACAUUCUUCCUCUAUGUCUUUCUUGGUGCAGCAUGUGUUCUUAUCCUUGUCGUGGGUCAGCAAGCUUUAUCAUCUCUUGCCCGUCGCAGAUCACCCAGAUCAGCUCCUAAACCCCUCGAGACUGGAACUGCUAAUGAUGUUGAUUAUGACUGGCUCCCUAAAGAAGUUGUUAAUCAGCUCAGUAAAAAAAUCACCUAAGACACCAAAACAAUCUCCACGUAUGAGGAAGGCGAAGAGAUCAGCAGGCGAUGACUAAUUUUAUCAGUGAAUUUAUUUUAAGUUCUGAGCUCAGCCAACAGGCAAUACUUUAGUUUGUCAAUUAAAAUAAGAAUAAGAUCCUAAAAAAACAUGAAAUGAAGUAAAAAAUUAAUGAAAGAUAAUGGCAACACAACAUAAGAUAUUAAAUAUUAGCCUUUUUCAUAAGUAAAUGUAAUUGUGUUUAAUUUUUUUGUCAAUAUGCAUACAUAAAGGCCUAAACUGAAAUAACUGUUAUCUACUAAGUUCUAGUUAUUAAUGUGACUUCAUUCUUAUUUUAUUUGAUGUAAACAGAACAGACUGUGUGUUUAGUUUAAGUGUGAGAGUAAAUUAUGGAACAAACUGUGAGGGGUCCUCGCAAUGAGCUGCGGAUAUGAGAGACAUUAAAUAAUUAAUAUUAAAAAUGUUACAUUUUUAUA